AUGGGCACUCUCCCGGGCAGGAGGGCGGGCAUGGCGAUGCGUAUGUUGUUGGGCUUGAGGAACAAGAUGCCCCCAUGCGUCUGGGCUGCGGCAAUGGGCGUCCGCACGAUCUCCACCAGAGAUUGCCUUUUCCAGUGCUGCCAGGGCCAGGACUCACUGCACCACUAUGCGCACCGCCGGGUCGUCGAGCAGCUGGCGCGCGCACGCGCCUCCUCGCCCCGGCGCGCGCGGGCCUGUAGUUCGACGACAUCUUGCUGUUGGCGCCGGUUUUCGACCCGACCCAGCAGGACCUGCUUCUGGUGA